UUCAAAAUGGAACGUGUUGAGAAAGUCGACGACCUGGGAAAUAGCAUCGUCUUUAAGCGGUGGCGAGGACGAACCUUCGAUAGAGACACCCGUGGAAAUGUUGGGGAUCAACUAAAAAUGAUAGAAUCAUUUAGGUGUCGACCAGAUGAUGUGCUUCUUUGCACAUUUCCAAGAUCAGGUACUCACUGGGUAUACAAUAUGGCCAGGAUGAUACAAACAAAAAAUCUCCAGUACUCAGGAACACCAGAGAUGAUGGAAUUCCAGGAUAUGAAGAUAAUUGACGAAAUGAAAUCCCCAAGAAUGUUCCAUACACAUCUGAGUUACCCAUUCAUCCCAGAGGAGGCAAAGAAAGGACAACUGAAAAUAAUCUACGUACUUCGGAACCCAAAAGACGCUGCGUGUUCAUACUAUACAUUUCUGUCUAAAGUAGAAAAUACCAGUUACAGUGGCAACAUGGAUGGAUAUCUGAAUGCCUUUUUAUCUGAAGAAUUUAUAGGAUCGGGCGGAUCAUGGUUUACUCACACUAAGGAAUGGAAUAAUGCAAUGACAACAAGUCAACAUUUAAAGAUACUGUUUCUUAAAUAUGAAGAUCUCAAGAAGAAUCUCUACCAGAAUAUCCUUCGGAUUGCUACAUUUUUGGAAGUUGAUCAUGAGGAAAGCUUCUUGAAAAAGGUAGAACAAGCUGUUGGAUUUGACAAUCUGAAGAAAGAACAUACAACGACUGCUGGUGAAAGUGAGUUAUGGAGACAUCUUGGAGACAACGGACGAAUGCCUAUAUAUAAGAAAGGGGUCAUUGGAGAAUGGAAGAACAUGCUCACAGUAGCGCAGAACGAAAGAUUUGAUAAGGUCUACAAGGAUAAGAUGAGUGAUCUGGCUGGUAACAUCGACUUGGUUUACGAGUGA